UUUCACAAUUAUUUGUUAACUAUCGAUACAAAGCAUUUUUAGUUUUAUACAUCUAGAUUUUAAGAUAUAAGAGCAUUGUAAUUUAAAAUGUUGAAAACCAAAAGAAAAAACGCUGAAGUAGAUGCUGGUUCUCCAAAGAAAAAGAAAGUUCAAUUUAAUGAAUCAAAAGAUGAUCACAAAGAGUACAAGUCUUUUAAAACAAAGAAAAAUGCCGGGAAAGUGAAUCAAGAAAAUGGAUCCUCAAACUUUAAUAAGAAACCUAAAAAAGACUUUAAAAACAAUAAAUAUGAUCCUAAAUCCAAAACUGGUGAUAAAGAGAACAAAGUCGGGUUUAAAACAAAAAGUAAUUUUGCACAAAAUAAAGGAAAGUUUGGUAAAGCACCUAAUGCUAAAGGUAAACCAAAUUUUGCUAAAGAUAAAUUUUCAAAAGCACAGGAGCAAGGUGAAAAACCGGUAUGGUCUGAAAUGAAAAAGGAAAAGAAAAACUUACGGCUUAUUCGGCGCAAAGCUAAGGCCACUGCUGAAAUAUUUGAGAUUUCACAUAAGGCAAAAUUAUUAUCUGCACAAAUACAAAGAAAAGUGGUGAAACAGGAGUUCAGAAUGAAAGCAUGCAAGGAGCUUCAUUGCAUGUUAAAAGGCCAGUACAAAUCUAUUGCACUCACUCACGAUUUGAGCAGAGUCAUCCAAGUCCUACUUAAGCAUAGUCCAGAGGAUAUAAAAAAUGAAAUAACUGAAGAAUUAUUAGACAUAAUGGUGCAAAUGAUGCAAUCAAAGUAUGCGCAACAUGCAGUCAAACGUAUCAUGAAGUAUGGCACAGAUUUUAUCCGUCAUGAAGUUAUAAAGAAAUUGUUUGGUCAUAUUGUGUCACUGGCCACUCAUAAUAUAAGUGCACCAGUACUGGAUUAUGCAUAUGGCGAGUUUGCUACAAAAAAAGAAAAGUUGCAUAUGCAACAAGAGUUUUAUGGUGACUUAUAUAAGAAUUCUAAAGAUGACAAAAUUAAAACACUUAGUGAUGCCUAUAAGGACACACCAGAAAUGAAAGUUGCCAUUUUGCAAGCUUGCAAAGCAAAUAUACAAAAGAUUUUGGAUAAGAAUCUGCAUGACAGCGAGUUGUUUCAAACUGUAUUAUACAAUUACAUCUGUGAAUGCACAGCAGAAGAUAAAGCGGAACUGAUCUCAACUCUGAGUCCAUUAAUUGUGCCGAUAAGCAACUCACUGCCUGGCGUCAAUGUGGCCAGUAUCUGUGUCUGGCAAGGAACUAACAAAGACAAAAAGACUAUAAUGAAAGUGGUCAAAGAACAUGUUGUAUCUUUAAGCAAACACAAGACUGCCUAUCGUCUCUUAAUAACAAUAUUUGAUGCCGUUGAUGACACUGUUUUAGUGAAGAAAGCUAUUGUAUCUACUUUAGCUAGUAAUUUGAAAGAUGUAGCCAAAGAUCAUUGGGGAAAAAUGGUAUUACAUUGGUUGGUGAAACCUAAAGAUCCACAAGCUUUCCACCCGAGUUUCAUAAAGUUCUUAGAAGAUGGUGCCAAAAGUGGUUCUUCAAAGAAAGAUGCGGACCUCCGUGUGUCAGAGCUCCGUGAAGCUAUCCUACCUGUUCUCAAGCAAGAUAUGGAAGCAGAUGCCGACUUCUGGUUGAGCAGUAAAACUAACUUUCUCCUCACUAUAGCUGUAUUAUCAAUAGAAACAUCGAAAGCUAUUUUAGAAUCGCUAGCUAAGGUGAUAUGCCAGUCAAAUUGGGUCAUAAAUCUUGAUGGCAAAGAAGUAUUGGCUAUUGAAGAUGCAGGAAUACACAUGUGCCUCAAGAAACUAGCAGCUCUGGACAAAGAUAAGACUGAGGGGACACUCGGAGAAGUUAUGUGUGAAUAUUUGAAUGAUGAAGCUUUUAAUGUUUGGAUUCCAACGAAUAGAGGAUGCUUCUUCUUGCUUAAGUUAAUUGAAAACAAUGAAGAGAAAAUAGCCAACAAGUUAAUAAAGAAGAUUAAAGCACAUACAAGUCUUAUAAAACAACAGACAUCUGAGGGUGCAAAGCUUUUGUUACAAAAGGUUCAGAAAAAAUAAAAUAUCUUUUGUA